AGGGUGCCCCGCGCGGCGUGGAGUCGGGCCGCUGCCGCCAUCCCGCUGGCGAGAGGGAGAGAGAGGCCCGCCCGCUCGCCGGCCGGGCUAGUGUCGGCUAGUGCGUGAGGGCGCGGGGGGCAGUGUCAGCGAGACGCAGAGCGCAGCCGCCACCACCAAACGGACAUGUUGGAGCCCAGCGCCGCCGCCGCCGCCUCUUUUUCCUCACCCUGCGAACGGGACUGAGUAGGGGCCCGCCACCCCUCCGUCUCUGCCGCCCGCCUCGCUGCGUCGGCCGCAGCCUCUUCCUGCCCGGCCUUAGGCUCUGCUGCUCGUCGCCUCCCCCCGCUGCCAGUCCCAGUCGGUUCCCCGGCCUCGCUCCGCCCCGGCGCGAGGUCUAUGUGACCGGCGGGCCCGGAGCAGCCGCCGCCGCAGCGCGAACAUGGACGCCGUCAACGCCUUCAACCAGGAGCUCUUUUCACUUAUGGAUAUGAAACCUCCCAUCUCUAGAGCCAAGAUGAUUCUCAUCACUAAAGCUGCUAUUAAAGCUAUUAAGCUUUAUAAGCAUGUAGUUCAAAUAGUAGAAAAGUUCAUCAAAAAGUGUAAACCAGAAUACAAGGUUCCGGGAUUAUAUGUAAUUGACUCAAUUGUGCGGCAGUCUCGUCAUCAGUUCGGAACUGAUAAAGAUGUUUUUGGGCCAAGAUUCUCUAAAAACAUAACUGCCACAUUCCAAUACUUGUAUCUUUGUCCAUCUGAAGAUAAGAGUAAAAUAGUUCGUGUGCUGAACCUUUGGCAAAAAAAUGGAGUAUUCAAAAUUGAAAUUAUUCAGCCUCUUUUGGACAUGGCAGCAGGAACCAGUAAUGCUGCCCCAGUAGCAGAAAAUGUUACCAAUAAUGAAGGUUCACCACCGCCUCCAGUAAAAGUCCCUUCUGAACUCCCACAAGCCACUCCGAACUCUGUACCGACCGUACCACAGUUGCCCAGCUCUGAUGCUUUUGCUGCUGUAGCUCAACUUUUUCAGACAACUCAAGGACAACAGCUUCAGCAGAUCCUUCAGACUUUUCAGCAACCUCCAAAACCACAGUCUCCUGCCCUUGACAAUGCUGUAAUGGCUCAGGUUCAGGCUAUCACAGCUCAGUUAAAGACAACUCCUACACAACCACCUGAACAAAAAGCUGCUUUCCCCCCACCUGAACAAAAAACUACAUUUGACAAGAAGCUGCUUGAUAGAUUUGAUUAUGAUGAUGAGCCAGAAGCUGUGGAAGAAUCAAAGAAAGAGGAUGCUGCUGCCAUCACAACGACAGCACCUGCUGCCGCCGUGCCUCCCGUGCCCACCACCACUGUGCCCGCUGCCACUGCCCCCGCUGCUGCCUCCCCUCCUCCUCCACAGGCACCAUUUGGAUUUCCUGGAGAUGGCAUGCAGCAGCCAGCAUACACACAGCAUCAAAAUAUGGAUCAGUUCCAACCUCGAAUGAUGGGAAUGCCACAGGAUCCAAUGCACCAUCAGGUUCCGCUUCCUCCUAAUGGACAGAUGCCAGGAUUUGGACUUUUUCCUACACCUCCAUUUCCUCCCAUGGCUCAGCCUGUGAUUCCUCCCACUCCACCAGUGCAACAGCCUUUCCAAGCUUCUUUUCAGACACAAAAUGAACCACUCACUCAGAAGCCACAUCAACAGGAAAUGGAGGUAGAACAACCUUGUAUUCAAGAGGUUAAACGGCAUAUGUCUGAUAACAGAAAGUCAAGAUCUAGGUCAGCAUCCAGGUCACCAAAAAGGAGACGAUCUAGAUCUGGUUCUAGAUCUCGAAGGUCUCGUCAUCGCCGUUCUCGAUCUCGGUCCAGAGAUAGACGCCGACAUUCUCCUCGAUCUCGAUCCCAAGAAAGACGGGAUCGAGAAAAAGAAAGGGAACGUCGGCAAAAAGGCCUUCCUCAAGUCAAACCAGAAACUGCAAGUGUUUGCAGUACUACACUCUGGGUGGGACAGCUGGACAAAAGGACUACUCAGCAGGAUGUUGCCAGUCUCUUGGAAGAGUUUGGUCCUAUCGAAUCAAUUAAUAUGAUUCCUCCCAGGGGUUGUGCCUAUAUCGUUAUGGUUCAUAGGCAAGAUGCUUAUCGUGCCCUGCAGAAACUGAGCCGAGGAAACUAUAAAGUGAACCAGAAAUCCAUAAAGAUUGCCUGGGCCUUAAACAAAGGAAUAAAGGCAGAUUAUAAGCAGUAUUGGGAUGUAGAACUUGGUGUUACUUAUAUUCCAUGGGACAAAGUCAAACCUGAGGAACUGGAGAGUUUUUGUGAAGGAGGAAUGUUGGACAGUGAUACACUUAACCCAGAUUGGAAAGGAAUUCCUAAGAAGCCUGAAAAUGAAGUUGCUCAAAAUGGAGGUGCAGAAACCUCACACACAGAACCAGUAUCACCCAUACCUAAACCUCUACCUGUACCUGUCCCUCCUAUUCCUGUUCCUGCACCUAUAACAGUACCACCUCCACAGGUGCCACCACAUCAGCCAGGUCCUCCUGUAGUUGGUGCUCUCCAGCCACCCACUUUCACACCCCCUAUGGGAAUUCCCCCACCGGGCUUUGGUCCUGGUGUUCCUCCUCCCCCUCCUCCUCCACCAUUUUUGCGCCCAGGAUUCAACCCAAUGCAUUUACCACCAGGUUUUCUUCCUCCUGGACCCCCACCUCCUAUAACUCCACCGGUAUCCAUUCCUCCUCCUCACACUCCACCAAUAAGCAUCCCAAACUCUGCUAUCGCUGGUAUAAAUGAAGACACUACAAAAGACUUAUCUAUUGGAAAUCCCAUUCCAACAGUGGUGUCUGGGGCUAGAGGAAAUGCCGAGUCUGGUGACAGUGUGAAAAUGUAUGGCUCUGCUGUGCCACCUGCUGCACCCACGAAUCUGCCCACCCCUCCUGUAACCCAGCCUGUUUCACUUCUUGGCACUCAAGGAGUUGCCCCUGGUCCUGUAAUUGGGCUCCAGGCACCAUCUACUGGUCUUCUUGGUGCCCGACCCGGCCUCAUCCCGCUUCAGCGUCCUCCAGGAAUGCCUCCACCUCACUUACAGCGAUUCCCUUUGAUGCCACCUCGACCCAUGCCGCCGCACAUGAUGCACAGAGGUCCGCCACCAGGACCAGGGGGCUUUGCGAUGCCUCCACCUCAUGGAAUGAAAGGUCCCUUCCCACCGCACAGCCCCUUUGUUCGGCCUGGUGGAAUGCCAGGGCUCGGGGGCCCAGGGCCAGGCCCAGGGGGUCCUGAAGACAGAGAUGGGAGACAGCAACAACCGCAACAGCAGCAGCAGCAGCAGCAACAGCAACAGCAGCAACAGCAACAGCCGCCUCCACCACAGCCACAACAGCAGCAGCCGCCACCGUCACAACAGCCUCCACCAGCCCAGCAGCAGCCACAGCAGUUUAGAAAUGAUAACAGGCAGCAGUUCAAUUCAGGUAGAGACCAAGAAAGAUUUGGAAGACGAUCUUUUGGAAAUAGGGUGGAAAAUGACCGGGAACGGUAUGGGAACCGCAAUGAUGAUAGAGAGAAUAGUAAUCGUGAAAGGAGAGAGUGGGGAAGAAGGAGCCCUGACCGGGACAGGCACAGAGACUUGGAAGAGAGGAAUAGACGCUCUAGUGGGCAUCGAGACAGAGAGAGAGAUUCUAGAGAUAGAGAGUCUCGUAGGGAAAAGGAAGAAAACCGAGGAAAGGAAAAGCCUGAGGUGACAGACAGGGCAGGUGGUAACAAAACCGUUGAACCUUCCAUUAGCCAAGUGGGAAACGUAGACACUGUUUCAGAACUUGAUAAGGGGGAGUCUGAGGCCACAGUUGUAAAACCUUCUGGAGAGUUACCUGCUGAGGCUACCUCAUCCAUUGAACCUGAAAAGGAUUCUGGCUCAGCAGCAGAGGCUCCUCGUUAGAGACUGGAAUUUGUCAAAAUGUGACAGUGACACUUCCUGGAGUGUAGAGCUUGAGGUGUACAGAUGCUGUAUCAUAUUUGCUCCUGCUAUAUCACAGCCCCGCGGUAGUUGGUGGGGAAUUGUAAGCAAUUUGAUUGCUUCCCUUCUAUUUAAAAAUAGCCACAAAAUAACAAAAAAUACUGAAAAUAUGAAUAAAUAUUACCCUUUUUGCUGUAACUUUUUAAAAGUUUUGACUUUAAAAAGUUUACAAAUCGUAAUUAGAAGUGCUCUCUAUUUUUUUUUUUUUUUAAUUUAAGACAAGGUAACGGUGAAAGCUCCUCAAAACAAUAGGGAUGUUUUUAAUAAACUCUAUUUUCGUAACAAA